CAUAGUCGCUGGCGCGCCACAUUUAAGUUAUUGUUUUAGAGUUGCAGCAUCUGAGGGGAUAUACUUGUAAUACUAGUGUUUUUUUUGUUUUUUUAAAUUAUUAUUACUUUUAUUUUUAGCGUUUAAGAACUAUCUUUGAAUAAAAAUGGACUGUGUGGAUUUUCCGAGAGUUCUUCCAGUUUCUCCGAGGAAAGGACGGGGACAAAUUCAGGUCAUCUUCGGACCGAUGUUUUCUGGCAAAAGCACUGAACUGAUGAGAAGAGUGCGGCGUUUCCAGAUAGCCCAGUAUAACUGCUUGGUGGUUAAAUAUGCCAAAGACACACGUUAUUCUGACACAGGCAUGGCUACACAUGACAAAAACACAAUGGAGGCUGUACCAGCCAACCGUCUGGAAGAUGUGAGGUCUCUGGCACUCAAAGUCUGCGUCAUUGGAAUUGAUGAAGGACAGUUUGUAAGUUUUCCAGACACAGUGGAGUUUUGUGAAGAGAUGGCCAAUUUAGGAAAGACAGUCAUUGUGGCUGCCUUGGAUGGAACUUUCCAGAGAAAACCAUUUGGAAACAUCCUGAACCUUGUCCCUCUAGCGGAAAGUGUGGUGAAGCUCCACGCCGUCUGCAUGCAGUGUUACAAAGAAGCUGCCUACACCAAGAGGAUAGGAGCAGAGAAGGAGGUGGAAGUCAUCGGUGGAGCUGACAAGUAUCAGGCGGUGUGUAGAAAGUGUUAUGGAGGUUUGAUGGCAGACAAAGAGAACACUGCUCCCUUCAGGAAUGAAACUCCACAACAAGGCCUCACAGGAAAACUAGUGGACUGUGGAGCUCCCAGGAAGCUCUUUUCCUCUCUCCACCUCUGACCACAAAAAUAAGACAUGUUGCCGAAGUUCAGCAGAAAGAAAUUUAAAUAAUCAGCUUUGUGUGUGUGUGUGUGUGUGUGUGUGUGUGAUUGUGUGAGCGAGAGUAUUGUAGAGGAAAAUAUUGUUUUAUAAGAAAUACUAACUUUUAAAUGGAAUCUAGAACUUGAAGUGCAUCAGCCACAUAAUUGGGUGUAAUCAGCUCAAUUUAUUUCCUUUGUAUUUACUGUGUGAAUGUGAAUUUGUGUGACCUGUUUUUUUUGUUUGUUUUUUUUUUUUACUUGAAAGAUGUACAAGUGCACUUAAUAUCAGCCCUGAAAAAUGAGUUAACCACCUAAUAACUCAUUGCCACAGGAUUCACUACACUGGUAUGUCUGUAAUGUUUGUUUUGGAUUUGACAUAUAAAACUGUUUUGACAUCUCAAACUGUAGCAUCAUCCUGUCAGAUAUAAGGUUUUAAAUGAUUUUUUUCUGCUAUCAUUUAUUAUGAAGAUAUCAUUUAUGUAUUACUAUUUCUCCAAAGAUUUCCAUAAAGACGGUUGGGGAAUGCUCCUUUCAUCAUACUUAGAAAACAUAAAUGUUUUAAAAUUGCUGCA